CGAAUAAUCAUUCAAUCCGUUUCAUAUUUAAUUUAAAAUGCCUAAACAUAAUUUAUCACGUCGAUACGAUCGAUCACUUGCAGCAAGAAACGAUAAAUGGGACAAGCUAUUUUGUGACCUUUUUUGGUCCCCAUUCGAAACCAAAGCGCGUCGAGUCAACACUCGAAGUGGCUUUGUAUCUUACUGCGCUGAAAGUACUGAUACUGAAAGUGAAGAUGAUGACGUCUCAAUCGAGCUAAGCGCAACUUCCGUAUCGUCUUCCAAAGUCCCACUACCCCCGACGGACCCUCAACCUUCCCGACCCAGGUGCCACCCCUGUCGGUCUUGCGCCAAAAGCUUCCGCUUCCGGUACCAGCGGCGCAACCACGAAGUCGUCCACUCCGCCGAACGGCCCUGGCCCUGCAACUGUGGCAAGUGCUUCAAGUCGGCCCUGGCCCUGCACAUGCACCGCAAGCGAACCGGCCACCACAACUGGACGGUGAGCUGUCCCCGGUGUGGCCAGUGCUUCGCCAAGACCAGCGACAUGAAGCGCCAUAAUGCGAGCGCUUGUGCCAAGUUUCAGGCCAAGAAGGGGGUUUAGAAACUGAUGUAGCAUGAGAUACUUGUU